AUGCAGGGAUUACUCAAGGCAAUCGUGUUUGCCUCUCUUGCAACACUUGGUUCUACCGCGUGUUUCGAAGUCGCAGCAACGGGUGGGAGCUGUAGUGCUGCUGGUUCAACUGGCGUGGUUACAGCUGUAUCCACGGCGAAAAGCGUUGAACAAUGUGGAACUGCUUGUGGCGCCUCCACCCUGGGAGACAGCCAGAAUCACUUGUACUACACCGGCGUCAAACCGAUAUCUAUUUUACAAACCCGUUUCUUGCCCGUCAUCGACGAUUGUGUCCUCAACGAUCGAAUCUUCAACUAUCCCGUCUUCAACUAUCCCAUUGACAACGACCCCCUCUUCGACAAGCGAAUCAUCUGUUGUAACGCCAUCUUCGACCGACCUAUCUUCCACAGUUCUAUCGUCAGCUACCCCAUCUUCGACACCACUUUCCACAAGCCUUUCUUCCUCAAUCCCCUCUUCCGACACUCCAUCUUCGGCAAUCCCAUCUUCAACAACACCAUCUUCUUCAACACCUGA